UGUAUUACAUAUACUUUACACAGAUUUUAAUGACACAUGAAAUUAUUGUGUAAAAUACUAGAAUGCUUGCUUUGCUUAAGAUGAAGCCCUGAAAGAAAAGACACACGUAAGGGCUAGUUUUUUAAAAUGUGGCCAAUUUUUCGCCAGGGUUUUUUCUCUCAUAAUAAAUUUAGUAUUCAUAUUUAUUUGAGUGUGACAAUUUUUACAAUAUUUCCGAUUAUUUACUAAUACAUUUUUUAACAUAAAACAGUUAAUCUGUGCUGAGAUCCUAUCUUAUAACAAUGUCAUUUUUAUGUAUUCUAUUAAAAAACUGAAUCAAAAUGUAGCUAUGUGAAUUGUGAUUAUAAUAAACAUGUAGAUUUGAUAUGAUUGUCUCAAGUUUUAGUUAAAAAGAGGCGGCUAUUGGGCAUCAGAAAAUUUCUACUCAACUUUUCCAUGUAUCAAACCAAUUCAUGUAUUAGUAAAUGGGCCCUAAAUUGGGUUUUGUUCUCUUAACAAAAUGUCCCUCGUGCUUCAACACUUGGCACUAAUAAACGCCUUGUUUGUGUAAAUGUGGGCACAUAUGACCUGAAUGAGCCUUACAUUUUAGCUGCAAUUAUUAGUUGGAACCAGCUGCUUUUGCACUAACUAAAUAUAUAGCUUUGUAAAUAAAACCAGUACAUACUCAUAGGGACCAAGAAGCAUAACUAACAAUAAAGUUACCAUUAAACAAAGUCACACGAAAUAAAAAUAGAGUUUCUACGGUUUUAUAACCGGUUCCAGUUUCUUACAGUGGCCUUCCUACAGCGCUCUACCUGUAACUGGGGAGUUGGGUUUUGUGCGCAUGCGCCUGAGGCUGCGCGCAAGUUCUGCACAGGCUUGGGCCUGAACUGCUACUUAGCUGCUCAGCUUUGGAACGGAAUAAGGCGGGAGGAGGAGGAGGCUGCGGCGGCGGGGUUGCACGAUCCGUAGGACUUUCCCGGGCUAUGGGGCUCUGGCUGGAUUCAGGCUGGAGUCUCCGUUCGGUCGGUGGGGCCUAAGCGGGGAGCCCGAGGGAGGGAUAUGAGCCAGUGAGGGAAGGAGGGGAGAAGCCGGCGCUAACUCUCCGCUCACACCCCCAGGAGAAGCCGGGGAGCGACGCCACCAUGGCACAGGAGAAAAUGGAGCUGGACCUCGAAAUGCCGGGGCCCCCGAGUGAUGGGAAUCUGAGGAGGUCUAAUAGCGCCCCUCUCAUCAAUGGCCUCAGUGUUUGUGUCUUUCAGUGACAAUUCACAGGUGUUUCAGACAGAUGUUAUAAGAGCGCGUCGGAACAGUACCACUGUAGUGAAUCGUCAGAGUCUGAUGCCAGCAUCUUCCCCUAUUUGCAUUCCCAGCAGCAGACUUUAUCAGCUCAAAAGGGAAGAAACUUUGGAUGUCAUGGACCGAGAAACAGCUAGGGAAAGGGAAGUGCAAACAUCGAUGCAGAUGAUUGUGUCCUGGGAGGAAAGCUUUAACUUGAGUGAUAGUGAUCUUGAGAAAAUAGAAAAAACUUCAUCUCCAAAGCGCAUUGACUUUAUCCCAGUAUCUCCGGCUCCGUCACCUCCAAGAGCUAUUGGAAAGCAAUGUUUCUCUCCAUCUUUACAAAUGUUUGUGAGCAGUAAUGGGCUGCCCCCGAGUCCUAUCCCCAGUCCUACAAGGCGUUUCUCAACCAAAAGAAGCCGGAGUCCUGUCAACUAUAUACGCCCAAGUGCAUUUGGCCCUAUUAAAAGGAAAGUUUUAGGCGAGAUGGAGAUGGAAGUGGAAAAUCAACCAAAGAGACUUUUUCAGGGGACCACAAACAUGCUUUCUUCUGAUGUCGCCCAGAUGUCCUACUUCAGCUGCCUGUCUUCAGAUCUUGAAAGCAGCAGCAGUAUCAGCUCAUCAUGUGACUCUGUGGCAAAGGAAAGCAGUGUGACCAAUUCUUCAGCAGCCUGCUCAAGCUCCUUCUCUUCAUUCAUGUCACUGGAAGAUCUAUCCCCAAAGGUAUUGCUCUCUGGUCUCUCCAACAGGAACAUUAUCCCUAUGAUCCAGUACAACCAGAGCUUCUGUUUAAUUCCUACCCUCUCAAUGCACAAUCUUGUGAAUGCAACGCUUGAAUUACCUUCCAUUCUGCCUUUGACAGUUGAUCCAGAGGAAGGCAAAAAAUCCCAUCUGAAGCCUCUUCAAUUUGCCUCAGAUUGGGGAAAAAAUUCCUUCCUGACUCCAAAAUGGCAAUCGGACUAGUCCGAGUCUGAGGCACCAAAAGGUUUCUGGCACCUGCAAAGCGCUCCAUCUCUUCCAAUGGUAGUAGUAUCUAUCUUUGCUACUGCGAUGUCAGUAAGUCACAAAGACCAUACAGUUGAACACAUGGAAAAUAAAGAUAGAGAAGUCAAGAGAGUAAGGGGUAGGUAAGUGUUGCAGCCUCACAAACAUAAGCUUAGAGCUUAUACACCGUGAAUCAGGCAGUACCGGUCUUUUAUUAUGGGGUUGAAGAGUGCACUUCAGUGUACAGUGAAACCUCGAUUUUAAGUUUUCUCGCAUUUUACAUUUUUUUUAUUUGUGGUCCCACCAAUUUGUAAUGCAUUUCAAUGGGUGCAUUUCCCUGAUUUUAAGUAAUAUUUUUCUGGAUUUUACAUCAAAAUUUUGUCCUGUUUCCAAAAACUGUUUUUUUUCCUCUAUGAAUGUUAAUAUUGUGAAAUAGAGGUUUAAAAUACUAACCAGUACCUGGGAAUUCAAAUUACAAAGGACUUCAAAGAAUGGGUCAUGGUCAACGCCAAAACGAUUCUCACAAAAUUGAAAAAAGAUUUGAUGUUCUGGGCCAAACAACCUAUUUCUUGGUUAGGGAAAAUUAAUGUGAUCAAAAUGAAUGUGAUGCAGAGACUCCUAUACAUGUUUCUAUGCUUACCUUUGCCUUUUCCUCCAUCCUGCCUCAAAUCCUUCCAAUCUAUUAUCACUAAAUCUGUAUGGAAUAAUAAACACACCCAGGAUCAGAAUGAGCACACUUUACAGAAAGAAGACAGAAGGAGGACUUGCUAUGCCAGACUGCCUACGAUACCACAGAGCAGCGAUCCUGAACAGAAUAAUUGAUUGGUCAUAUCACCUAGAUGACAAAGUGUGGAUUGAAAUUGAACAACAGUCCACGUGCACACACCUCAUCCACCUACCCUGGGUUGAUAAAAUACAUUGUCGAAUAAUCCACACAUCCCACCCAGCUCUAACUUAUACAAUGGAGGUCUGGGACGCGCUAAAGACUCAGAUGCAACUCUCAACCUCACAUUCUCCUCUCACUCCAGUGACCAAUAAUCUGGCAUUUCCACCCGCCUUAAAUUCUAACUGAUUCCAGGAGUGGCUAGUGGAUGGUCACCUUCAAAUGGCACAUCUCAUGAUAGAUAAUCAGACCUCGAGAAACUGAGACAAGCCAGACCAACCAGUCAAUUGCCUGAAUACCAAUACUACCAGAUUAAACAUUUCUAUCACUAUCUGGGCGGAAACACAUGCUUGGGCAGGAACCUUACAUCUUUUAAACAACUAUGUUUAGCCUCAGAUCCUACCAAACACCCUAUUUCAACAUUGUAUGGUCUUCAAACACAGCGAGACCUUAAGAAACACUUAAACGGGAAUUGGCUGUACACCUCACAUAAGAAGACGUCGGGACCGCAAUAAAGGCAUUGCUUUUCAGCUCACGAUGUUGCUAAAUUCAGGAGAUGAAUUACAAACUCCUAUCCAGGUGGUAUUACACACCUCAGAAAUUGAAGCAGAUUUACCCGACAGCUAACAACAUGUGCUGGAGGUGUAAAACAGACGUCGGCACACUUCUACAUAUUUUCUGGGACUGCAAUUUACUACGACCCUACUGGGAAUCGAUCCUAGAUGCUUGCUCUCAGAUACUAGGUCGAGAAAUAGUGCGUACUCCAGCCCAUUCCUUACUGAACUUGCCAAUAGAUUAUUCUUUAAUACCUUCUGACUCUACCUUAGAAAGAUUUCUGCUCAAUGCAGCUAAAAUUCUUAUACCAAAUAAAUGGAAGACGACCACUUCACCCUCUUUUUCGGAAUGGCUAGGUAAGGUAAAUGAACUGGCAAAGUUUGAAGAAUUCUCAGCAAGAACUGAAAGGCAAAACCAAUCUUUUAGAGACACAUGGCUACGGUGUUUCAUAUUUAGAGAUUCAGAAACAUACAAAAAACAUAGCCAGGGCACAAGCUAAAGUGCUCAACACACAUUGAACAUACAUAGAACCCGACUACUUAGCCCAGAGAUCAAUGCACCAUAUCCUGAGAUGCCCAUUCAAUUAGAUGUACGAAAGCAAUAUGUGGGAGCAAUUGCUGUAGGUAAAUCUAGGCAAUAGGGUAGUCCAUAUACUCUUUGACUUACUGAUACCACAUACUGCAGUAAGGAAUUUUAUAGUAUACUAUGAGAAAUUGUACUGUGAUAACAUGAUAAGUGAAUGCAGAUAUUUAUAUGCAACCAAUGUGUGGCAACCCCCCCUUUUACUUAUUUUUAAUUUCCCUUUUUUUUUUCCUAUUUGUAUACCCUUUUUUCCCUUUCUUUCUUCUGUAUCCCCCCUCCAUUUGUUGGAAAUCAUUACAAUAAAAACUAUUGAAAGAAAUUAAAAUACUAACCAGAUGUAUAUUUUGUCAUGGUUCUGCCUGUAAAUGGUCAAUUCCAAUUAGUCUGACCUUUAAACAGUCCUGCAC